GGGUACGAUGGGUGUGUUGCGAGGAGGCUUCCGGUGACCACGGCCGUGCCGUGCCGUGCUGGCGGUGGCUGCAGCAGGUGAUUCCUCGAGGCCGCUGCCAUGCGACAAAACGUACCGACAAGCGCACGAUUAUGAGGCCGGUCGCUCGACACAAGCAGGCGCAGCCUCGCUUACCGGUGCAUGCUAGACAGCGGCGGUCAGCGGCUGGCCGUUGACGGCGUCUCGCCAAUGCGGCUGGUGCGGGCGCCUUGCAGCCGGCGGUUACGGCGCUGCCCAGCGCUGGUGGCCGCCGCGCUGACGUCCGUGGCGCUGCUGCUGGUGGCGACCAGGCACGGGACCCUGUGGAACGGCGACCACGAGGACCAAGACCCGGACGUGCGUCAGUGGAUCCGCAGAGACGCGCGACAGAAGGAGUAUAUCAACCGCCGUGGCAUACACGUCAUCGUGGGACACUACAUGGGCAAGGGCCUGCCAUGGGAGAGCACGCCCAACCUCACUGACGAGAUACUCAACGCCAACGACUUCGCGCCGGAGAAGAACGCCGGCGCCGAGGGCCAGGCCGUGAUGGUGCUGCCCCACGAGCAAGCGCGCAGCAAGCUGCUCUUCCACGUGAACAAAUUCAACCUUCUAGUCAGCGACAGGAUUCCCCUGAACAGGUCUCUUCUGGACGCCAGGAAAGAGAGCUGCAAGAAACUGUGGUACAACGUGAGCGCACUGCCGGACACGUCCAUCAUCAUUGUGUUCCACAACGAGGCCUGGUCGACUCUGCUGCGGACGGUGCACUCGGCCAUCGACCGCUCUCCGCGGAGACUGCUGCGGGAGAUCCUGCUCGUGGACGACGCCAGCGAGAGAACGUUCCUGAAGGAACCCCUGGACAAGUACGUGUCGCGCCUACCGGUACCGACGCGCGUGCUGCGCUCCGGCAACCGGACGGGGUUGAUCAGGGCUCGCCUGCUGGGAGCAGCUCAUGCCAGGGGCCAAGUGCUGACGUUCCUCGACGCCCACUGCGAGUGCACCAAGGGCUGGCUCGAACCGCUGCUCGCAAGGAUCGCCGAGGACAGGAAACGAGUGGUGUGCCCCGUGAUCGACAUCAUCAACGACGAGACGUUCGCGUACGUGCGUAGCUUCGAGAUGCAUUGGGGGGCAUUCAACUGGGAGAUGCACUUCCGCUGGUUCCCCGUAGGCCAGAGGGAGCUGAUGCGGAGGAAGGGGAACUCGACGCUGCCUUUCAGGACACCAGUGAUGGCAGGCGGCUUGUUCUCCAUCGACCGGGAGUACUUCUACGAGAUGGGUUCGUACGACGACCAGAUGGACAUCUGGGGAGGCGAGAACAUGGAGAUCUCUUUCCGGAUCUGGCAGUGCGGCGGCUCCGUGGAGGUGGUGCCGUGCUCCCACGUGGGUCACCUGUUCCGCCGCACGUCACCCUACACGUUCCCCAAGCCCGGGGGCGUCGGCAAGGUGCUGUUCGCCAACCUCGCCAGAGUAGCGGCCGUCUGGAUGGACGAGUGGGCAAACUUCUACUUCAACAUCAACCGCGAGAUGAAGAAGAGUUACACCCCGCAAGAUGUGGCGGAGCGCAAGAAACUUAGAGAAAAACUGCACUGCAAGAGCUUCCGUUGGUACCUCGAGAACAUAUGGCCAGAAAACUUCCUGCCCGGUGACAGCAGAUUCUUCGGAAAGGUGAGAAACAAGAAGAGCGGGAAGUGCUUCGUGCGGCCGAGCUCCAAGAGUUAUCACCAGCCGGUUGGGAAGGUCGUGCUUGAAGAAUGUUCGCUUACGCACUACCCUAUGCAGUACUUCGUGCUCACCGAAGAAGGCUUCCUAAUGACUGACGAAGCCAUCUGCCUCGACUCGCCGGAGUCUCAAGCCAACACCAACGUGGUCAUGAUCGCCUGCAAUAACCUACCCAGGCAGAAGUGGCGUUACGACCCUAAGACUGAAGAAAUUGUGCACAAGACAACCAAGCUCUGCCUCGACCUGCCCAGUCGACGCGGACCACAGGGAGUCCGCGUGCAGAAGUGCAACGGAGGCCGAAGUCAGAAGUGGAUCAUGGAGUCCGUCGACUGGAAGACGCUCGCAUAGACUGCGUUCCGAACUGCGACGAUGGUGUCAGAAACUGCUAGCGUUUAACGAUUUAUUGCCGAACUCGACCAAGAAAAGCGACGUUAACAUGUCUUUCAUUGUUAUAUUAUAUUUAGCGUAGCGGAAACGCACUGACGCAAACGUAUUUCGGAAAAAGAAAGAAAAGAAAGACCGUUUUCGAGCGAGCAGCAGCACCUGCGAAGUCAGCUGGUGACGCUGCGAGUUUGUGACCAAUCAUAAUGCGCUGUAGAAACGUUCUUGCCUUGCACGAGUCUUUCAAUCGAAAAAAAAAGAAGGUACAAAGGUAUUACUGACGAUUAUUCUUGGUCGAUAUGUUACGGCAGCACAUAAAUGUAACAUAGUCGGUCAUUGCAGUACACGUUCUUCGCACCUUGGUUCGACAUAAUGGACGUCGCAAGCGUGUGUGUCUUCUGGUACGCACCUGCGCCAGUACGUCUCCGCUAUGCAAAAGCUCCAUAUUAAUUUAUAUAGCAAAUAUUUCACGCAUCACACUUCUUUUACCAUGUACAUAGCACGACGAUAUGACGUGCUCUAAGACCUCUUUCUGUGCAUAAAUCAUCAGCGUCCCUUCUCGGCACGCGAAUAAACUUUGCGAGUGCCAUGUAAUAUAUACACGUAAGGUGAAGCACGAGAGGCGAACCCGAUCGUGCAAGAACAGGGUUGUUUAGUGUGCCUAGGUAUUUAUGUACGCAAAUAAAUAUUUUUA